AUGGAGAGACUGACAACGAGGGGACCAGCUGGCCACCCUCACCAGGGGGAGGCCUCUGCCUGCUGGCGGCUCACUGUGAGGGUCCUGGAGGCACGGAACCUGGGCUGGACUGACCUGUUGAGUGAGGCAGACCCCUAUGUGACCCUACAGCUGCCAACCGUCCCUGGAACAAAGUUUAAGACCAAAACAAUCACCAACACCAGUCAUCCUGUAUGGAAUGAGACCUUCAGUUUCCUAAUCCAGAGUCAGGUCAAGAAUGUUCUGGAGCUAAAUGUCUAUGAUGAGGACUCAGUCACCGAGGAUGAUGCCUGCUUCAAGUUUCUCUAUGACGUCUCAGAAGUCGUCCCUGGGGAGCUGCUCCGGAAGACCUUCUCCCUGCCUCCCCAGGGGCAGGGGGAGCUGGAUGUGGAGUUCCUGCUGGAAAAAACGUCAGACUGUCCAGAAAACCUCAUCACCAACGAUGUCCUUGUGGCCCGAGAGCUAUCCUGCCUGGAUGUCUGUCUGGACCGCACCGGGAGCACAGCCACGGUCACAGAUCAGGACAAGCUGGAGCUGGAGCUGGAGCUGAAGGGGUCCUAUGAAGACACACAGACAUCUGCUCUGGGCCCAGCCUCUGCCUUCCACUUCCAUUACAUGGCAGCCCAAGAGGCCAACCUGAGCGCACGUCUGAGGAGCUCUGCAAGCAAUGGCUGGAAUUCAGACAAGUCAGCUGGGCACCUCACUGUGCCCCUGAGGUCCUUGGCCAUGGGAAAGGAGGUGACCAUUAACAUUCCUGCCACAAAUACACCAGGAGUGAGGCUGCAGCUCAAGGCUGAGGGCUGCCCUAAGGAGCUGGCUGUGCACCUGGGCUUCGAUCUAUGCGCAGAGGAGAAAGCCUUUCUGAGCAGGAGGAAGCAAGUGGUGGCUAAGGCUCUAAAGCAGGCCCUGCAGCUGGACAGAGACCUACAAGAGGAUGAGGUCCCUGUUGUGGGCAUCAUGGCCACAGGAGGAGGUGCCCGGGCCAUGACCUCUCUCUAUGGCCACCUGUUGGCCCUGCAGAAGCUGGGCCUCCUGGACUGUGUGACCUACUUCAGCGGCAUCUCGGGCUCUACAUGGGCAAUGGCCCACCUCUACGGGGACCCUGAGUGGUCACAGAAGGACCUCGAAGGACCCAUCAAAUAUGCCAGAGAGCACCUGGUCAAGAGCAAGAUGGAGGCCUUCUCCCCGGAGCGCCUUGCGAGCUACCACCAAGAGCUGGAGCUGCGGGCCAAACAGGGCCACCCCACGACUUUUGUGGACCUGUGGGCUCUCGUGCUGGAGUCCAUGCUGCACAGCCAGGUGAUGGAUCAGAAGCUGUCGGAACAGAGAGCAGCUCUGGAGCAGGGCCAGAACCCUCUACCCCUCUACUUGAGCCUCAAUGUCAAAGAGAACAACCUGGAGACCCUCGACUUCAAGGAGUGGGUGGAGUUUUCCCCCUAUGAGGUGGGGUUCCUGAAGUAUGGAGCCUACGUCCCUAGCGAGCUCUUCGGCUCCGAGUUCUUCAUGGGGCAGCUGAUGAGGAGGCUCCCUGAGUCCCGGAUCUGCUUUCUGGAAGGUAUCUGGAGCAACAUUUUCUCCCUGAACUUGCUGGAUGUCUGGUAUGACCUCCUCAGCUCUGAUGACACCCGGAAGCAGCACAUCAAGGACAAGAUCAGGAACGUGGAGGAGUCUCCUGCCUCCUUGAGGACCUCCUCAUGGCUGGAGGCCUCAUGGCUGCAACCCGGGACGGCCCUGGCCAAGGCGUUUAAGGGCUUGCUGACAGGCAGGCCACUCCACCAGCACAGCUGCAACUUCCUCUGGGGCCUCCAGAUGCACCAGGGCUACUACAGCCAGAAAGACUUCUCCACCUGGGCAGACUGCCAGCUAGACUCCACCGCUAGCCAGCUGACCCCUCAGGAGCCCCAGCUCUGCCUGGUAGAUGCCGGCUACUUCCUCAACACCAGCUGUCCCUCUAUGUUCCGGCCAGGCCGCAGGCUGGACCUCAUUCUCUCCUUCGACUACUCCCUACCCUCACCCUUUGAGGCGCUGCAGCAGACUGAGGUGUACUGCCGGGCCCGGGGACUGCCAUUCCCUCGAGUGGAGCCCAGCCCUCAGGACCAACGCCAGCCGACAGAGUGCCACCUCUUCUCAGACCCCUCCUGCCCCGAUGCCCCGGUCCUGCUGCACUUCCCGCUGGUCAACGCCUCCUUCAGGGACCACUCAGCCCCCGGUGUCCGGCGCAGCCCUGCAGAGCUCCCAGCUGGCCAGGUGGAUCUCACUGGGACCACCUCACCCUACUCCCUGUUCAACAUGACCUACAAGGAGGAAGACUUUGAUCGCCUGCUGCAGCUUAGUGACUAUAACGUACGGAACAGCCAGGGCGUCAUUCUGCAGGCCUUGAGGACUGCCGUGAAGCACCGGGCUCUGGGGGCCAGGCCUCCAGCAGCACAGAAUUGA